AUGUAUCAUCGAAUUUUAGAAUUUUAUUCAGGAAUUGGUGGAAUGCAUUACGCAUUCAGUUUGUCAAACAAUACUGGGGAAGUUAUAGCAGCUUUUGAUAUAAAUACAACAGCAAAUUUGAUUUAUAAAUAUAAUCUUGAAAACAAAGAUAAUAAUGAUGAUGAUAACAACAGAUCUAAAGAUGUUAGAUCUAAAUCUUUUUUACAUCUAAUCAAUCUAUUAUCGAUCAUGAAGAAACCUCCUAAUUAUCUUUUAAUUGAAAACGUCAAAGGAUUUGAGGAAUCAGAUACAAGGAUCGCACUUUUAGCGCAACUGAAAAAUUGUGAUUAUAAUUAUCAAGAGUUUUUAAUUACUCCAUUACAAUUAGGUAUUCCUAAUUCAAGAUUAAGAUAUUAUUUGUUGGCAAAGAAAAUUCCAUUGAAAUUUAAAUAUUCAAAUCAAUUGCAAGAAACACUUGAUUAUAUACCUUGCUCGCCAUAUGAUAAAUCAUUUAAAGAUUCUAGAAAUAUUGAUUCUAUCAAUCUUCCUAAUAAUAUAGAAAUUUCACAAAUCAAAGAAUUCCUGCAAGAUAAUGUUGAUAAUGAAAAGUAUUCUAUUUCUGACAAGAAUUUAAUAAAAUAUGGAAAAUUAUUUGAUAUUGUCAACCCAUAUUCAAGAAGAAGCUGUUGUUUCACAAAAGGAUAUUAUCAUUACGUAGAAGCGACUGGUUCAAUAUUACAAAUGGAUGAUGAUACAAAUUCAUCGUCGAUUUUCAAAGCAACGGAAGAAAAAACUUUAUCAACGAAUAAUUAUUAUAAUGCAAAUCACCUUUCUUCUUCCACUCAGAUAAAUCUUCGUUACUUUACCGAAUAUGAAAUUUCUAGAAUAAUGGGAUUUCCAAAUUCAUUUCGAUUUCCAGAUAAUGUUACAUUAAAACAACGUUAUAGAGUGUUGGGAAAUAGCAUUAAUGUUAAAGUUGUAUCAGAAUUAAUCAAAUAUUUGUUUUUAGAAUAA